AUGGAAGAGAGAUCAGAGUCUAAUGCUGAUAUGGGAGAAAGCAGGAAAACUCUGCUAGAGGCUCUUAAAAGCUCUUUUUGGUCUUGGUUGCCUCAGGAUUUCUAUGAGAUUUGUCAGUUGAUGGUUAUUUUGAGCCUCACCUACAUGAUCCUGAAAGCCAUGAAGCUAUAUCGGCAAAAGCAAUACCUGAUUAAAGUCCUCAAAUGUUUUCCAGGACCUCCUACCCAUUGGCUUUAUGGCCAUGUCAAAAUGAUGACACCAGAAGAAGAGUUCCUGAAUGUUGAAUCAUGGACAAAAAAAUAUCCACGUUGUCAUCCAAUAUGGUAUGGAGGAUUCUUAGUUUUUUUAAACCUCAACCACCCUGAAUAUGCAAAAGCAGUAUUUAGCAGAAACGAUCCUAAAUCACUUAUUGUAUAUGGCUUCCUGAUUCCAUGGAUUGGAAAGGGGUUACUGAUCCUGAAUGGGCCGAAGUGGCAGAAGCACCGGAAGCUGCUGACUCCAGGGUUCCAUUAUGAGGUCCUGAAGCCAUAUGUUCCUCUAAUGGCAGACUCAGUCAACAUGAUGCUGGACAAAUGGGAAACGUUGGUCCCCAAAGACACCAAAACAUCAGUGGAAUUGUUUGAGCAUGUCAGCUUAAUGACUCUUGAUAGCAUCAUGAAGUGUGCCUUCAGCUACGAAAGCAAUUGUCAGCUGAACAGAGAGAAUACCUACAUUAAAACUGUGUAUGAACUCUGCUUCAUGUUUUAUCAAAGAUUGAAAACACCUCUUCACCAUAAUGACCUCAUUUACUGGCUCACUUCAGAAGGACAAAAGUUUCGAAAAAGUUGCAGGCUAGCUCAUCUUCACACAGAUAAUGUAAUAAGAGAGAGGAAAGAGUCCCUCAAGAAUGAGCGAGAACUUGAAAAAAUCCGUAAGAAGAGGCGCCUGGACUUUCUGGACAUUCUUCUUUGUGCAAAGUAUGAAAAUGGAAAUCCAUUGUCAGAUGAAGACCUGCGAGCUGAAGUGGACACAUUUAUGUUUGAAGGUCAUGAUACUACAGCUAGUGGGAUCUCUUGGCUUCUGUAUUGUAUGGCCCUGAAUCCUGAACAUCAGCAGAGAUGCAGAGAGGAGAUACAAGAGAUUCUUGGGGAAAGGAGAACUAUUCAAUGGGAUGACCUGGGAAAGAUGACUUAUACCACUAUGUGUAUUAAAGAAAGUCUUCGCAUUUACCCUCCUGUACCUAUGAUAGCUCGAGAAUUAGAGGCACCAGUGACAUUUGCUGAUGGACGAACCUUACCCAAAGGGUUUCUGGCUUUGCUGUAUAUUUAUGCUCUUCACAGAAAUCCUGAAAUUUGGGACAGUCCUGAGGUCUUUAAUCCUCUAAGGUUCUCCCCAGAAAAUUCAGCUACUCGUCAUCCAUAUGCUUUCCUACCUUUUGCUGCAGGAGCAAGGAACUGCAUUGGGCAACAGUUUGCCAUGAAUGAGAUGAAAGUGACUCUUGCCUUGACACUUCUGCGCUUUGAACUUUUGCCUGAUCCUUCCAACACCCCCAUUCCCAUUCCACAGACUAUCACCCGAUCUAAGAAUGGGAUCUUUGUUAAUCUGAAGAUUCUCCACUGAUGCAUGAUACUUCCACAAUGCUAUAUAUUGACAGGCAUCAUACAUAUUAAUAUUAUGCAAUGUACAUUUAUCUUCUGUGGAAUCUUUCACAA